AUGGACGUCGUCGACGACGACGCGUGGAACCCCAAAGGAAAAGACGACGGUCAUCACGGCGACGACGGUCAUCGCGGCGGAAGAAGAAAGAAGAAGGAAGCGUUGCACUACGCAGGCGAAAUCUCCUACACCGAGCGCGAAGACCGUCGGAGGCGAGCCAUCGAGGACGAGGCGCGACGCCGCGCCGAGACGGGGGACUGGCGCGACGACGACGGCGACGGUGACGGCGGCGGUCGCCCCCCGCGCGUGGACUACGUCGCGAAGACACGGGAGGAGGAGGAGGCGGAGGAGGAGAAGCGCGAGGCGCAUCGCGCGGCGAUUCGGAGGAUCAACCACGAGACGGAACGCGCGAGGGAGGCGCACCGGGUGAAGGUGGAGAGCGAGCGGUGA